ACUGUUGAUUCAGCAAGAGAUGGAAAGUCCCGAAUUUCCUGGACGCGUCGCAUUAGGUCAUUUUGCAUGCUAUUAUUAGCAAAAUUCUUUCAUGUUCGUGAAGAAAGGGAUUUUCCAAGCUUCACGAUUACCAACUCUACUGAGUCAUCACUCAUAACUCACAUUUUUGUAGUAAUCUACGGUUGUGACAUUGGGAUUUUAGGCGCUCUCAGGACGUAAACAAGUUAGAAAGACCAGUCCUACGUACUCUAAUACAUGUUCAGCAAGCUGUAUCCAACUGACUCAGCUCGGUUUCUGAGACUGAGGCUCUGGCUUUGCUGCAUUUCAAAUCGAUCUAGCUGAGCUGCGUGUGUUUUUUCACACAUACAAGCUUCACCUGGUAGCGCAAUAGGAGGGAGCGAGCGAGUCAUCAGAAGCUUUAGAAUAAAAUACAUCCACGAUGAUGGAGGAGAAAUCUGACUCGGUGCAGUCUGUGGAGAUUCCAGAGGACAUGUUACAGCAGCUCAUACACCAGAACGGUCAAGUGGGCUUACCCAUGUCUGGAGCUGAGAAUGAUUUCGAUAGCAACGACCUGAUGCAUCUACCUGUAAUGAAAGGUCUUCAGGAAGAGGUGUCCAAACCUCAUCUCAAGAUAUUGGAACAACCCAGACAGCGAGGAUUUCGGUUUCGAUAUGGAUGUGAGGGUCCAUCACACGGAGGAUUACCAGGCCAGAACAGUCAGAGAGGCAAAAGAUCCUUCCCUUCCGUUGAGAUCUGUAAUUACAAAGGCUCUGCCCGUAUAGUUGUCUCCUUGGUAACCAAUGAAGAGACGCCCCGCCCCCACGCCCACUCUCUGGUAGGGAAGCACUGUAAGGAUGGGCUCUGCACAGUCCAGGUCGGCCCCAAGGAUAUGACAGCAAGGUCAGAAAUGAGCUUCCCAAACCUGGGCAUCCUGCACGUGACGCGCAAGGACGUCGUCCCGACCCUCAAGACCCGUAUCUUGGCCCAGCAUCGUCUCUACAAGGAUCUGAUCAACAACUCUACACCAGGGGAAAGCCACUGGACGGAGCCGUCCGAUGCAGAGAUCGAGAAGAAAGCCAAGGAGAUGGCUAAGGAUAUGGAUCUUAGCGUCGUCCGGCUCUGCUUCCAGACCUAUCUGCCGGACAUCUCAGGACACUUCACCCGACCCCUUGACCCUGUCAUAUCAGUGCCAGUCUUUGAUAGCAAGGCACCCAACGCCACGACCCUCAAGAUCUGUCGCAUGGACAAGAGUGCAGGAUGCUGUACAGGAGGAGAGGAGGUCUAUCUGCUCUGUGAUAAGGUCCAGAAGGAGGACAUACAGGUCAAGUUCUUUGAGAUCUCUGCCGAUGGUCAGAUGGUCUGGCAGAGCUUAGCAGAGUUUGGUCCAACCGAUGUUCAUAGACAGUAUGCAAUUGUAUUUAAGACUCCAGCCUACAAAGAUAUAAACAUUGAUAAACCUGUGUAUGUGCACGUUCAGCUCAAGAGGAAAUCAGAUAAUGAGACCAGCGAUCCCAAGCCUUUCACCUUCCACCCUCAAGUACCAGAUCGGGAAGGAAUCCUUCGUAAGCGUAAGAAGCACUUGGCUCACUUUAAUGAGUAUAGUAGCACCUACCAGCAGGGUGGCCUAGGGGGAAGCAGUGGCAUGGGAGGAGGAGGAGGAUCAACAUCUUUUAAUUUCAACAACCCUAACAUGGGGUAUGGAGCUAAUACCUACAACUUUAGCGGCAACCAAAUGACCUCUUCAACAUCGCAGCCACAAUCAGUGCCGCAACAAAUCCCUAGCCACCAGUCUGGGGUCGUUGCUACCGGCAACUCCUCUCAGCAGAUGGUAUACACAACAUCGACCGGUGCACAGAACCACCAGCCCUUGCCUAGCAUUGCAACACUAGCAAGGAAACCCCAAGAGCAGCCACAGCAACAACAAUUCCAGUUGCAGCAACAACUGCAGCAGCAACAGCAGCAACAACAGCAGCGACAGCAGCAACAGCAGCGACAGCAGCAACAGCAGCAGCCGAUGCAGAUGGAUUUCCAGAUGCCACCUAUCCAAGGCAGUGCGAUGGGAGGCCAGGCUGGUGGAGAUCGCGUUAAGAUGGAGAGUGAGAGCAAAUACUGUGGCAACAUGGAUACAGCAGAAGGAUUUCAGCUGGACUCCAAUACAUUACGUGAUUGUGGGCCGCUACCAGACCUCAAAGAACUUCAAGAUACAGGUGUCUUGGAUCUCAUCCCAAAGGGUAUCUCAAGACCAAAGGAUAUGGUGGAGAAAAAUAUUCAAACUGAUGACAUAACAAUAGACAGUGAUUCCAUGGCAUGGCAUGUUGCCCAGGUAACAGCCAAUGCUCUUCAUGACUACGCAGCUACGGGUGACAUUAAAACAAUCCUAACGGUCCAGAGACAUCUUAUCGCUGUGGAAGAUGAUAACGGAGAUACACCGCUGCAUGCUGCAAUCAUCAACAAGAAGUAUGAUGUGACACAUGCGCUUCUCUCGGCUGUAAUCAAGAUUCCAGAUCAGAUCAUCGUUAACCAGACUAACCAUUUGAAACAGACUCCCCUCCACCUGGCCGUCAUCACAAAUCAAUCCAAGAUGGUGGAGGUCCUUUUGAGAUGCGGGGCCAACCCCAACCUCUGUGAUCAUGAGGGUAAUACCCCCCUCCAUCUGGCCACUAGGAUGGGUAUGGCAGAAGGUGUAAACUUCCUGGUGCGUGGCCCCAAGGCUAAGGCAGCCAUUAAACCCAUCAAGACCGACAUUAAUCCAACAAACUAUGAAGGCCUUGCCCCAGUCCACCUGGCUGUGAUCGCUAAGAACUUGGAUAUCCUUAAGGCACUUGUGUCAUCAGGAGCGGAUGUCAACGUAGCUGAUGGGAAGACCGGCCGAACCGCCCUCCACUAUGCCGUGGAAGUCGAGAGCUUCCCAAUUCUGGGCUACCUCCUGAUCGAAGCCAAGGUCGACAUCAAUGCCGUGACCUUCUGUGGGGACUCGGCCCUUCACCUGGCCAGUAGCCUGGAUCUGAGGGCGGUGGCCACGCUCCUCAUCGCAGCAGGAGCUGACCCUAAGCUGGAGAACGCCGACCUGGGGGACGACAGUGACAGCGAUGUCGACGGGGAGGAUGACGAUGGUGAGAAGGAUGAGGAGAAGAAGGAGGAGGGAGUGGAAGAGGAGGAGAAGGAGAAGCAUGGGAAGACACCCUAUCAGCUGGCCACAAGUGCUAAGAUGAAAGAAGUCUUGUCUGGACAUUCCACCAGGAGAGUAGAGGAGGAGGAUUUUGACUACAUCGAGACAGGAAGUGCCAUCAGUUCCGUUGGGUCAAUCCAAUCAGAGGACCACAUGAAAGUCAAUAGCUGGGACCAGGGCUACUUCUCAGGGAAGUCCAGCUCCUCUGUCUCUAACCUGGAACUAAAGCGAACCUGGCCCAGAGUUAAAAGCAGAAUGCUAGGGAGCUCCCUCAUCACAUCUAAAGGAGACAUUGGCCUGUUGUCUGAAACCACCACCGAGAAGCUAGGCUCUAUGUUGGAUGAUAAUUACCCUACUACACAGAGCUGGUUUACCCUGGCCAAUCGGCUCGGACUCUCCAACAUGCUCAACUUUCUCAAGCUUGUCCCAAGCCCCACUGCAGUCAUUCUCAAACAGUUUGAGGCUAUGGAUGGAACCAUUAAGGAGCUCCGAGACGUCCUCUAUUCAAUGAAUCACAUAGAAGCUGUGGCCUUACUGGAUCAGGCCGUCUCAUGGAGGAAAGAGAAAGCUGAUGAGGCUCAUAUGUACAGUUCGAUGCACCAGUCUUUGGGUAAGAUGAAUUUGUCCGACGCUCACAUGCAUCAACAUCAAUUCGUUUACUAGAUUUCUAUCUUGCCCGUCACAAGUACAUCACCCUCUUUUACUGGCGAUUGUACGGCAUGCUCCGAUGUCAGUUGCUCAACAGUCUAAUAUUUAGACUUAAGUGAACAGGAGUGCUCUGAAUGCACAGGUGUAAUAUCAAAUGGUCUUACACAUGUGGGUUUUUUAUACAAGGAGAACAAUGUGAGAAGUUAUCACGUUCCAUUCCAGUUUUCAAAAACUGUACUUGAGCUUUAAGACCAGCCAUGGUUCAGACAAGCCCCCAAACUUGGAAGAAAAAUCUUGAAAUUCUCUUCCUGAAAGUGUACCAAUUAGGUUUGCAUUUUUGUGUACCAGUAAUGCAAAGGACAAUGAUGUACUUUGAGAAUGGAAUACAGACAAUCUUUACCUUACCAACAAUGUACAGUCUAUUUAGUGAGAAUUGUUGUUAUUGAAUUGUUAUGUAAAUUUACUGGAGAUGCUCUCACGUUAUUGUUAUCUUUUUUUACAUGUUAUAAUGUUGUCUUCAGUGUAGUAUAGGAUUUCUUAGAAAAGAAAUUUAACCAAAAAAAGUAAACAAAAGGAGAGUGGCAUAUGCAAGUAUUAUGUAAUACAAAUAUGUCGAGGAUUUUGAAUUUUGAAGGUUACUGAUUUUUGCAUAUUCACGGCAUUUGGAUGUGGGACAGAGCUAUCGAUAGCAAGGUAUUCCAUGGAGGAAUUUCUUGGGAAUUUUUUUUGAGCUGCAGAUGAAACUUCCUGAUGGAAAUAUGUAAAUGUGUAAAAAAAAAUAAUGCCGAUAUUAUUUCUUUAAUAAUUGCAUACUUGUGAUAUCUGAAUGUACAUAUAUGUAUUUUAUGAAGGAUAAUAAUGAGUUUAUCUUGCUUACUGAUUGAAUUAUUAGUUGGAAUGAAUAAUAGAAAUUCAUGAUUUAUAUUUCAUUUUAUGAUAGAAGAGACACAGAAAAAAAGCUGAUAUAUGAUUACUUGCCAAAACAAACCGCUUCUUAUGCCUGGAGAUCGUUAUGUGAUGUUUGGAGAGGGAAACAAAUCAUUAAACAGUUACUUUAAAAACCCAUCAGUUGAUUGACAAAGAUUUAUGGUAGAGAUUAUUGGAAGUUUAUAAGUAUAAUAUGGCAAAUGAUUUUGUAAAUAAUGUACUGUUUGAAAUUUUUGGAUAGUGGGAACACUUCUAUUAAGAGAUGAAUGGCUAAAAAGCAGUACUAACAAGAUAUAGGAAAGGACUCGUGUAAAUUCCAAUUUAUUUUUCAUGUGAAUUGUAUUGUCUUGUAAUAUUUUGUAUCAUUUUGACACUCGUUCUAAUUGAAAUACUGAGAAUUAUUGAAUCAGAUCUACGUUAUGUAUAUAAUCUUUUUUGUUGUUGAAUUAAAGUGACAGAUGACUGCUUUGACUAAUAUGUUGUCAUGAGAGAUGCUGUCAUCAUUUAUUAAAGCCUCCAUUUUUGAGGGGUGACUGACUAAUAAUUGUAAUGAUUAAAUGCAUUGGAAAAUAGUCGGCAACAAAUUUGAUCUAAAGUUGAUGAUUGGAGUCGGUAGAUAACUCUCCCUUUACAUUGGUACAAAUUUCUUGCACAAAUAUAAUUUUGUAAGGGAUUUUGAGUCGUAAGUAAAAUGCACAUACAAAUAUAUACAGUUGAGAUAAUGUUUCUGUUUUUGUUUUUUAUACAUCUGAACAUUCUAUUUUUUCGUGUGUUUGAGGAUCUUGUAAAAAAUAUCAGUUUGUCACAUACAAAUUUGAAAGUCAAAGGAAUGCCAUGUUUUAUGUACAUAGAGAAAUUGUUUCUGUAUAAAAACACCUUAUGGUAUAUAAGCCUAUACUGGAAAUCUGAUCAUUUAAUCUUCAUUUGCACUACAUUGUAUAGUACAUGUAAAUGGUUAUGUGCCGCGUUUUUAAAUGUAGUAAAAUCUAAGAUUUUACGGCUUGUGUAAAGUUGUGGGAAAAGUUCAUGCCGAGUAAAUCAUAAAUCGGGACUGCACUCCUUGUAGCUACUUGUAGCGCCCUCGAUAUAGCCAACAAUGCCUAAGCGGUACCCAUUGAUCCCCCAUGGUCCCCCUUUUUCUUAUGUUAAUUGAGAGCCAAUUUGAUGAGAUAACCACCUGCCAGUGACCAUGCAGGGAGAUGUAAUCCCUCCUGGCCAAACUAGUGCAGAUGGGCUUUAAUCUGUUGUAUACUGUCCCAUAUAUUCACACACAUGUUGGUUUAAAGAUGAGUAAGUUGUUCGAUUAGACAUACUUUUAAUAGACCCUUUACUUAAUUUAAAGAUAUUAGGUAACCUUGCAUUUUUAACCUUGAAUAAUAUUAGAUAAAAUAUUCAUUUCAGAGUGGGGCAUUAGACAGGAGUUCACUUUUAAGAUACAAAUGAAUUAUCUUUAAAAAUGAAGCCAAAACAAAGAAAAAAACAGAUUUACAUGUAUGUUAUUUUAGGGAUAGCAUGUAACAUGAAUCGAUGAUAUGAAGUGUUUUUCUUGGCUGUGUAAGUUUAUUAGUCCUUUCUCUGUUUGUUCAGAUAAAGAUAUGAAAUUAUAAAGCUAUUUAAAAAACUUGAAAUGGAAGUAAUGAUAUUGUGAAAAUGAUUCUCGGCGACUUAAGAAUAAAGGCUUGAGAAAACUAAA